UUCCCGGCCACCUAACAAAUGGAGUAUGAGCAUGCAAAUGGUAACUCCACUUCUCCCCACUUGAAGGGUGAUCACUCUUUCAUAAGUGACCCUGCAGAUUCUACUACACUCAGAAUCCCUACCAGAGCAUUAUACAUCAUAUGGGGCAACGAUCCCCGUUAUUGGGACCACAUCAAACUUACCCAAGAGGAUAAACAGUUGAUCGGGUUUGAAGAAGGUUCAGUGCUUUUACAAGUGAAUUGGCUUGUGGUGACAGGGAAAAUGGCAGCUGUCUCGCUACUCUCACCUGCAAAAACAAACACAAUAUUGUAUAUAAUUAAGUUCAGGGCUGAUGCAUUUGGGUGGCACUCUUCUCCCAUCAAGUUCAAGGUGAGAGUGGACGGAGGACAAGAGACCCAGCGCACCGUUAUACUAGAGCUCUACAGGGUGAAACAGGACAUGUGGCAUGAAGUUCCUGGAGGAGAAUUUACGCUACUCUCAAACAACAACAUUGGAAGUAGUACUAGUAUUGUUGAGUUUGGGAUGUUUUGUACGUUGAACAUGCAACGUAUGUACUAAACCUAUACUUCUUGUAAGACGGUUGCUUCCAUAUUUGAUUGAUUGUUGCGUGCGUGUAUCAACUUCUAUUUUAGUUGAAUUUCAAGUGAUGAAUAAUUCGCUUCUUUUUAUGUAUUAUUCUAUGAUAUAAUAAAAGAAAUAAA